AUGAGUUUCGUGAUACCUGAAUUGGUCCAAUAUUUCUUCUUGCAAUCGUUUCUCAACAGGGGCACCAGAAUCUUGAAGUUUUUCUCAAGAUGCAAGUUUGUUGUCCACCAUCAACUAGGGUUUUCCCCGGAACCCUACAUGUCUAACAUUCAAGUCAAAAAGGAAAACCAUGAUCCCAAUUUGUCAAGAUCACACCUUUCCUUCACCAACAAGAGAAUCUCUGGUGAUGAAAGCGUCAGAAGAGAUGAGUUGGAGCUACUGAUGGCGAAUUUGGGGGUUUUUUGCCAUUCCGGAGGCGAAAAGCUGCCGGAGUCGUUGAAUUCUACAGAUUUGUUGAAUAUUUUUGAAGAGGAGCAACCGAGAUUGGAUGAAGUGAAAGAAGCUUUUGAUAUUUUUGAUGAGAACAAAGAUGGGUUUAUUGAUGCGAGGGAGUUGCAGAGGGUUCUUUCUGCUUUGGGAGUAAAGGAAGGAGCGGACAUGGAAGACUGUAGGAAGAUGAUCGGAGCGUUUGAUGAGAACGCCGAUGGUAGGAUAGAUUUUAACGAGUUUGUGAAGUUUAUGGAAAACACCUGCUGUUAG